AACGCACGCGAGAAUUUUAGUCGUGUUUUUCGGAUAUUUGAUAUUUUCAAAUUUCCACCCACUCGUGCAAAUAAUCAUCGACAACAUGCGAUUCGUUUACGUGACGUCUUUCCUUCUCUUAUACGCAGUGAUUGAUAUUCGAGCGUUACGUAAACGAAUUAUCGUCAGAGCUUACCGAGUGAAAACGAAAAUCUAUCCAGAUAAUGGACUUUUGGCAACGAAAGUUCCAAUUACGAAUGGCCAGCCGAUAACUUUCUUCAAAGAUGUCGCUGAUGGCGAACUAUACUUUGCAGGCGACAUGACGUACCGUUAUGCGGGUGAGGACAUCAAUGUAGACGAAAUUCAAUGGUACGAGCAUGAUGACCUCUGCGCGGAAACUGAUUAUGGUGAUUGGUAUGAAAUAAUGAAACAAGUAUUGAGGACCGCGUGGUUCCCCGAUGCUUCUUGCCCCGUCGAAGCGGGUAACUACACACUGAAAGAUCCGAUGGACCCAAUAGAGAUGAAUGUAGAUGAGGUCAUAGAUGAUUACUACGAGUACAAAAUUGAUGUUGAAGUUGGAUAUUCAGAAUCCCGUAAAGUUUUAUCUGCGACGUAUGCGGUCCAAAUGACCGUCGAGUCUUCUUUCGGUUUCUAAAUUAUAGAGAAUCAAUAGUAAGAAAAAAUACCUCAAUCCAGUAUCCUUGCCGUUAAAAAACUAUCUUUCCAAUUCUUAGUGCCAAUACGGUGUCGUCUCUAGAUAUUUCGCUUCGACUUCGUGAGAAUUGUAUCGUCGAUGAAAAUGUAAAGUAAUCGAAAUAAAAGAGUUUAAGGUUCUUUUGUAUUUUACCAUCGAAA